AUGCUACUGUACAUAUUAGCGUUGCUUUUCUUGGGAUGGUUUUACAUGAAAUGGACGAAUGUGAAGCGGUACUGGGCGGCGCGCGGAGUGCCGCAUCAGCCACCAAACAUCCUGCUGGGCAGCCUCACGUUCCUGAUGAAAGUCAACCCGGCGAUGUGGAUGCGUGAGAUGUACGAUCGCUACCCCAAGACUCCAUACGUAGGCAUCUGGUUGUUUUGGAGACCAGCACUCAUCGUCAACUCGCCGGAGUUGGCCCGCAGGAUCCUCGUCAAAGACUUCGACGCCUUCAGGAACAGGCUGAUUGGCACCGGCACUGGGAAGAUGGACCCAAUGGGAGGUUUAAAUAUUUUUACACUGAACGAUCCUUUAUGGACAACUCUCAGACGUCGGCUCACCCCUGUGUUCACAUCCUCUAAAUUGAAAUCGUUGCACAACCUUUUUGCUACCAAGGGUAAAGAACUGGUACAGAGAAUCGAUAACAGCAUUAAGGCUAACAAGCCUUUGGAACUUAGGAGUCUGUAUGCCGAUUACACCACAGAUGUUAUUGGGACAGCCGCUUUCGGUAUCCAGUGUGAUGCAACGAUGACUGGUGAAAGCGUUCUGAGGACUGUUACUAAAGACUUCAUGAAGUUCAGUAUUAUGAGAGGGCUCGCUUGGAGCAGCAUCUUCUUUAUUCCGGAGUGCGCCAAUUUUUUCGGUUUCAAAUUCUUCCCUAAACAUUCAGAAGACAUAUUCAGGAGAGUGUACAAAAAGAUAGUAUCUCAAAGAGGUGGCUACACCAAUGUGGCACAAGAGAACGAUCUCCUCGAUGCGCUUCGCAAAAUCAAAUACGAAGCGGACAUAAAUAAUGAAGAUAUGGAUGAAGACUUGAUGAUCGCUCAGGCUUGUAUCUUUCUUCAGGGUGGAUUUGAUACUUCAGCCUCCACACUUACUUUCCUUACUAGCGAAUUGGCUUACAGACCAGAAAUGCAGGAAAAGCUUUACCAAGAAUUACUGGAAGCCAAACAACGACUUGGUGACAAUGAUUUCGAUGCCAAUGUGUACAGUAAACUCGUAUAUUUAAAUUGUGUCAUCAAAGAGACGUUGAGAAAGUACCCACCAAUGGGGUGGUUGGACAGAGUCGCCGAUAGGGAUUACAGGAUCGACGACAACCUCACCAUCACCAAGGGCACGCCCGUCUACUUGAACGGGUUGGGGAUGCAGCACGACCCGGACUACUACCCGGAACCGGAUACGUUCGACCCGGACCGGUUCCUGCCGGAGAACGACGACGGCACCAGACCGUACAUGCCGUUCGGAGAAGGACCAAGGAAUUGUAUAGGAAUGCGUUUCGCUUAUCGCAGUAUUUGGUACGCCUUUGCCUCUAUUAUGCUGAAGUACCGUUUGCAGCCGAUCCCGGGUACCAAAAUGCCUGUAAGGUUUGAAAACGAGAGCAAGGCUCUGGUCAUAAUGCCGGGAGGACAAUCAUAUGUUCAAUUCGUGCCUAGAUCGUAA